AACUGUCAUCUGUCACAUCAGCCAAUCUGUCAAGAAAAUCCACGACGAGAUUUUUGUUCAGCUGAAAAAAGGCCAAUAAACUUACGAAAUUGAAUUUAUAUUGAAAAAUAUAAAAUUUAUCGUGGGGCGGUAAUCGCCGCGUGACACAUUUUGCAUUAUUUGGGUGGAUGUAAUAUUCGUAGAGUUAAUUUUGGUUGAAGGUUUGGAAACGGCAACUCACCAUGCCGCCGAAGAAAGCACCUGCGUCUGCGAGCAAGAAGACGGAGCAGAAGAAGAAGGAGAAAGUUAUAGAGGACAAGACCUUCGGUCUGAAGAACAAGAAAGGCGCAAAACAGCAGAAGUUCAUUCAGCAAGUGGAGAAACAGGUGAAGAGUGGCGGCAUCCACCCCGCCAAGCCCAUGGAAGACAAGAAGAAGGAAAAAGAACAGAAACUUAAGGAACAGAAGGAAAUGGCAGCACUCUUCAAGCCUGUACAGACACAGAAGGUGGAGAAAGGUACUGAUCCGAAAUCGGUGGUGUGCGCAUUCUUCAAGCAAGGACAGUGCUUUAAGGGCGAUAGGUGCAAGUUCUCUCAUGACUUGACAAUUGAAAGAAAGGCUGAGAAGCGUUCUCUGUACGUGGACAUGCGAGAUGAUGACGACAACAUGGACAAUUGGGAUGAGGACAAACUCAAGGAGGUGGUCGAGAAGAAACACGCGGAGGACAAGCAGAGGCCCACAACCGAUAUCAUCUGCAAACAUUUCUUAGAAGCCGUAGAGAAAUCCAAAUACGGUUGGUUCUGGGAAUGCCCGUCAGGCGGCAAGUGUAUAUACAGGCACGCGUUGCCACCAGGCUUCGUCCUCAAGCGCGACAAGAAGAAAAUGGAAGAAAAAAAAAAUGAGAUAUCUCUGGUCGACCUGAUAGAGAGAGAGCGCGCGGCGCUUGGCCCCAACCAAACCAAGAUCACGUUGGAAACCUUCCUCGCGUGGAAAAAAAAGAAGAUCAAGGAGAAACAGGAAGCGAUGGCCAAAGACGAGGAGCAGAAACGGAACGACUUCCGCGCCGGCCGAGCCGUUGGCCUGUCAGGCCGCGAGAUGUUUUCGUUCGACCCCGCGUUGGCCGCUGCCGCCGACGCCGACGAGGACGGCGAGACUGUGGCACAAAUGGCCUACGACGACGACGAUGAAGACGCUGCGCAGUACAGGGAUAUCGAGCUCGAGCUCAUCGGCAUGGAGGCUUCAGAGGCGGACGACACGGGCACAAAAGCGUCUGAAGACCGACUCACGCAGCUCGGCAAGGGGCUACCGAACGGGGACCACGCGCCCGCGGCCUCAGAGGCCGCAGAGACCGCGGAGGCCUCAGAGGCCGCCGUGCCCAUCAACGAGAACCUGUUCCUCGACGAGGAUCUGGAUGAGGAGCUGCAGAACCUGGAUCUUGAGGACUAGUGGUCGAAGUACAUUCGGAGCCGAGUCGAUGAGCCCUGCGUCAUCAUUCACAGUAACCACUUAGAGUGCACCCUUACGGCCGUAUUCACAAACUAUGUUUGCUUAUGUGAAGCUGCAAAUCGAACGCACAGCGUUGAGAGCUCUGUGAUUGGUUCGUGUGUCACCCUGUGCGUCCACGCGCACUGGAAGACCUCAUAGUAACGUAUUUGAAUACGGGCGUUAGAUUUAAACAAAAAGGGAAGCGACGGCAUAAACGUCUGUCCUAGAACAUCAGUUUUGACAGCUCCCAAUCGGUCUGACCUUCAGGCAAUACGCGCCGCAGCCGUCAUGUGUUUUUAAAGGUGUACGAAAAAUUAAUGAACUUAAAAAAGUCCACGACAUCAGUUUUCAUUUAUAAAAUGCAAUGAAACAUAAAAUUUCCACUCGCUGACACUGUCAUUCGCCAUGUUGUCAGGAAAUUGUUUUUUCUAAGCAACAUAAGCACAAUAUCAAUAUGCCAUGUCUUCCCUUUUUUGUUUUUAGCACUUUUUUUGUAGGGCUCAUUCGAUAAUCGAUUUUAAUUUAAUUUAAGGGGCGACUGUGAAAUUUGGGGAGAUAAUAUUUCACCCAUAUUUUAGGUAAAAUAUGUUUAUAACCAACAAUCACCCCUGUGAAUAGCUAUGGUGAUAAAAAAAUAGGAUUAUUGUGCUUGCCAACUCUUUCCAGUCUGCAGAGUGCAGAGCAUUCGCGGAACCGCGGUCUCCUGUGUGAGGUACUUACUGGACCCAUAGACAAUACAGUGUUGCCAGCCUAAAAAAGAAUGCCCUUGAGGUUUCAUAGUGAGUGUCUAAUUUACUAAUUUAAUACAAUUUAUGGUUAUACUGGGGUUAAUUCAUUUUAAAGUGCUGUACUGCAAAUAUUUUGUUUCAGUAAUAUGUUUUAUAUUUUCAUACUGUGUUUCAAUACAAGUUAUCUUUUAUUGUAUUCAAAUAAAGGCAACAGUAAUGCUGAACCAAUAUUUAUUGUUGGCAGCACAUCUCCUUCAAAUUCAGAAGUUUAGAAAUAAACACUAUAGAACUAUUUUUUUAACAUGCGUCCUUAAUUGUCAAUGAAAUUAUAUUGUAAAACAAAAAUGUAAAUAAAAUAAAUGUUAAGAAAA